CCCCGCCCGCCCCCAGCGCCCGGGAGGAGGAUGCAGACGCCGCGGCCGGCGAUGAGGAUGGAGGCCGGGGAGGCAGCGCCGCCGGCGGGGGCGGGCGGCCGCGCCGCAGGCGGCUGGGGCAAGUGGGUGCGGCUCAACGUGGGGGGCACGGUGUUCCUGACCACCCGGCAGACGCUGUGCCGCGAGCAGAAGUCCUUCCUCAGCCGCCUGUGCCAGGGGGAAGAGCUGCAGUCGGACCGGGAUGAGACCGGGGCCUACCUCAUUGACCGUGACCCCACCUACUUCGGGCCCAUCCUGAACUUCCUCCGGCAUGGCAAGCUGGUGCUGGACAAGGACAUGGCUGAGGAGGGGGUCCUGGAGGAAGCCGAGUUCUACAACAUCGGCCCGCUGAUCCGCAUCAUCAAAGACCGGAUGGAAGAGAAGGACUACACGGUCACCCAGGUCCCACCCAAGCACGUGUACCGCGUGCUGCAGUGCCAGGAGGAGGAGCUCACGCAAAUGGUCUCCACCAUGUCUGAUGGCUGGCGCUUCGAGCAGCUGGUGAACAUCGGCUCCUCCUACAACUACGGCAGCGAGGACCAGGCAGAGUUCCUGUGUGUGGUGUCCAAGGAGCUCCACAGCACCCCAAACGGGCUGAGCUCAGAGUCCAGCCGCAAAACCAAGCCCAGUCAUCUCAGGAUCCCGCUAACCUUUUCUCCCUCCCACCACUGCCUCCUCCUCUGCUUCCCGCUGGAGGUCCUGCCUCAUCUUCAUCCACCUCUUCUUCCUCCUGGAUCUCAUCUGCACCCUGCCUCUUCCCUCUCUGCCCCUGUCCGGGUUUUCUCUCUGCCUGCUCACGCCUCCAUCCCGGGUCUGCCCUGGUCCCAGCCUCCCGUGCCCUCCACCCAGGCCCCCUGGCCCUGCAUCCCAGAGCGUCCUGCCUGCCGCCUCCUGCGCCCCUUCUGGUACCUCCUGCCUCCCAGCCUGGGGAGGAGGGGCGCAGCUGCACCUCCUCUGUGCCCACCAACCCUGCCGGGCACCUCUGAGGCUGGGCCCUGGCUGCAGGCCCUGCCCCCCCUCCUCUCCUCCCGGCCUCCUCCUCACGUUUCCUCCUUGCAGGUUCCCGUCCGCACCCUCUCAGACCUGAGGCUGAGCUUGCAGUGAGGGCUUCUCCUCGGCCCCUCGCCCGCCCCCAGAGCUGCCAUCCCUGCUGUUACAAGCCAGAGGCACCCGGAUGUGAGGCCCCAGAUCACCUCCAGGGACUUGGGGUUCCCAUCUGAAAUCCUUUAUUUUUGUACCAUGGGGUGGGCCCCGGGCCUGAGAAGGAAGAAGCGCCCUCUCCCCGGCCUCCUCUGUCUGCACCUGUGGGGCUGUGACUUACUCCUGCCUCCAGGGGCGGGGCGGGGGCCCCCUGGGACCUCUUAAGGCCCAAGGUGGGCCCCAGGACCUCUAGGCAGAGUGGACUGCUCAUGGCAGAUGUGUGGCAAUGUCUGGCUGUGUCUCUCCGGCACCCGUGUCCCCUCUCCCGGGCUCCCCUGCUGCAUGGUGGAUGCGCUCCUUCCUGGCCCGGUCACAUUGCCUCCUUGAGCCUUAGUCCAGGGGGUCACUCCUCCCACCCCACCUACCUCACAGGGUUGUUGUGAGGGUGCACAGAGGAGCAAAGUCCCUGAAGGCCCUCAGGCAGUAUAUAGGGGCCGCCCACCUUCAGCUGCCCUGGGAUGGGAAGGACCCAGCCCGACCCCUGGGCAUAACACUGUGUUUGCAAAUGGAGAUUCAGGUAUUGGGGAUGCAGGUUGUGGGGAGCUGGCCUGGCAGAGUAGGGGUAGUUGGCUUGGCCUUCUCUUUGGUGAUCCCACCCCCAGCCAUUUGCAUUGCUGGCCCAGCGCCUGGCCUGGGGGGCGGGGAGAGGCAGCAGAAGGGGCUGGGCAGGGGCGGUGGAGGACUCAGGAACUGCCCGGGGAGAGUGGGUAUGGCGGCUGAGCCAGGGGCCCUCCUGUGUUUGACUUCCCGGGAUGGGUCCUUGCUUCUCAGCUGUGUCCGACCCCACCAUGUAAUAAAACCCAAAGGAACAGCCCA